UAUCUUCCCCUCAUCUUGCAGCACAGGCAGUCAGUGCCUGGUAGCGAUUUAGACGAGGGCGUAUGGACUUGAGGCAGCAUUUCCCACAGACUGCGGUCGUACUUUUCUCCUCUCCUACGGAUUACCACUGAGUUCACACAUCGCCUAAACGCCGUAUCGCAUUUUUUCCGCUGCAUUUCUCCAUCUGAAGGCCUGUCACAGAGUAAAGUGGCUCGGUGUGCGUGUGUUUAGACAGCGGAGCGAGAGCAGCGUGUCCCCGAUGGCUGGCUGGAAGGACGGCUCAGUGCAGGAGAAAUAUCGCCUGGUGGUCGUCGGAGGUGGUGGCGUCGGAAAAUCAGCAUUAACCAUCCAGUUUAUCCAGUCAUACUUCGUCACUGACUAUGACCCUACGAUUGAAGACUCCUACACAAAGCAGUGUGUGAUUGACGAGAGGCCCGCACGGCUGGACAUCCUGGAUACAGCAGGACAGGAAGAGUUUGGAGCCAUGAGAGAACAAUACAUGAGGACAGGGGAGGGCUUCCUCCUCGUCUUUUCUGUCACUGACCGGGGAAGCUUUGAAGAGAUCUACAAGUUUCAACGACAGAUCUUGAGAGUGAAGGACCGGGAUGAAUUUCCCAUGAUUCUAGUGGGUAACAAAGCUGAUCUUGAGCAACAGAGACAAGUGACCCAGGAGGAGGGUCAGCAGCUCGCCCGACAACUCAAAGUCACAUACAUGGAGGCCUCAGCUAAGAUCCGUAUGAAUGUAGACCAGGCUUUCCACGAGCUGGUCCGAGUCAUAAGGAAGUUCCAGGAGCAAGAGUGCCCACCCUCGCCGGAGCCCACACGCAAAGAGAAGGAUAAGAGCGGCUGCCAUUGUGUGAUUGUCUAAUUGGCUUCUCACUGCCGCCACUCACCCAGCUGCUGUCACCGGUCCCUGCCCCCCACCCUGCCUUUUGACAUCACGUCCUGUGCGGAUGAACUCGCUGCCUUUCUACAUGUGCAUGUCUUCAAAACAGCAGUCUCUCUCAUAGCCUUAUCGGGGGCGUUUGUGCCUCUAGGACUUCACUACUAGAAGAACCAAACUGACAAAAUCUUGAUCGAACUCACCAUUCUACCUUCAACUAGAGUACUGACAUCAGUGUGACCUAGAAUAUGGUAAUCGUGCCCCAACACUAAACAUCGCUUCUUACAAAUUUGCUAUAAAACACACACACACACACGCACACACACAAUUCCUUUUUUUGUAUUUUGAAGGAUUUUUUUUCUCUUGCCUUGUGACAUUUGUACUUUUGCUGAGAUGGGAAGACUAAACGAAACACCAUUGGGAUUGCAGACGACUUUUAGUAGAGUGAGAUGAUGUUAUGAAGCUUUGUGUGUGUGUGUCGUGCCAUAUCUGUUUUUACUUCCAUAUGCUAAGCAGCGAUUGUACAUAAGUGAAGAUUCGUGUGAGUUGAGACCACCUUUAUAAUGACGAAACUCAGUCGCAGAGUACCGUGUGUGAGGUUGACCAGCUUGUUUUGACAUGCAUUAAAACAAUAAUGUACUCGCAGAUAUGUACA